AUGGGAUGUUCUUUGGGUGAGCAAGUGCAGGUGUCCUCAGGGGCCAAACAGGUGCUGAGGGCUGACGGAGCCAGUACAGCUGGAAGGAAAAGCACGGCAAACAGGGAGCGCUUGAAGCGCAGCCAGAAGAGCACCAAGGUGGAAGGCCCAGAGCUGGUGGCGGCUGAGGCCUCACUGAGUGCCGAGCAGGGGACGAUGACUGAAGUGAAGGUGAAGACGGAGCUGCCCGACGACUAUAUCCAGGAGGUGAUCUGGCAGGGCGAGGCCAAGGAAGAGAAGAAGGCAGUCGGCAAGGAUGGCACUGGCGACGUGCCUGCCGAGAUCUGCGUGGUAAUUGGUGGCGUCCGCAAUCAGCAGACCCUUGGGUCCUAUGAGUGUGGAAUCUGUGGCAAGAAAUACAAGUAUUACAACUGCUUCCAGACCCACAUGCGGGCACACCGAGACACCGAAGCCACCUCAGGGGAGGGAGCCUCCCAAAGCAACAACUUCAGGUACACGUGUGACAUCUGCGGGAAAAAGUACAAAUACUACAGCUGUUUCCAAGAGCACCGAGACCUGCACGCCGUAGAUGUGUUUAGCGUGGAAGGGGCCCCUGAGAAUCGGGCAGACCCCUUUGACCAAGGCGUCGUGGCCACUGACGAGGUGAAGGAGGAGCCCCCGGAACCAUUCCAGAAAAUCGGGCCAAUGAACAAUAUUACAUCAGACAUUUUUAAGAAGAAAGAAGUUAGGCAGUGCCAAAAGAGAGAAACUGGCAAUUACACCUGUGAGUUCUGUGGGAAGCAGUACAAAUACUACACGCCCUACCAGGAGCAUGUGGCCUUACACGCCCCCAUCAGUACUGCCCCCGGGUGGGAGCCACCGGACGAUCCAGACACGGGCUCUGAGUGUUCACAUCCGGAGGUCUCCCCGUCUCCACGCUUCGUGGCAGCGAAGACCCAGACGAACCAGUCCGGGAAAAAAGCUCCGGCCUCCGUGGUCCGAUGUGCCACGCUCUUACACCGCACCCCUCCAGCCACCCAAACCCAGACGUUCCGCACUCCAAAUUCGGGAUCUCCAGCGAGCAAGGCAACUGCAGAAAGCGCUUUCAGUCGGAGAGUAGAAGGUAAAGCACAAAACCACUUUGAAGAGACGAACAGCAGCUCACAGAACUCCAGUGAAACUGCAAGUCCCCUGAUUUCCAAUCCCUUCCCUCUCCUAAAGAAGCCUUAUACCUGUGGCGCCUGCGGGAUCCAAUUCCAGUUCUACAAUAACCUGCUGGAGCACAUGCAGUCCCACGCAGCCGACAAUGAAAACAACAUCGCCUCCAACCAGUCCCGAUCACCACCCGCUGUCGUGGAAGAGAAGUGGAAACCGCAGGCCCAGAGGAACAGCGCCAAUAACACCACUACCAGUGGUUUAACACCCAACAGCAUGAUCCCUGAGAAGGAGAGGCAGAACAUUGCUGAGCGGCUGCUGCGGGUCAUGUGUGCCGACCUGGGUGCUCUGAGUGUGGUCAGUGGGAAGGAGUUCCUAAAGUUGGCCCAGACCUUGGUAGACAGUGGUGCCCGCUAUGGGGCCUUCUCGGUCACCGAGAUCCUGGGCAACUUCAACACGCUGGCACUGAAGCACCUGCCACGCAUGUACAACCAGGUGAAGGUGAAGGUGACCUGUGCCUUGGGCAGCAAUGCCUGCCUGGGCAUCGGCGUCACCUGCCAUUCGCAGAGUGUGGGCCCCGACUCCUGCUAUAUCCUCACAGCCUACCAGGCAGAGGGCAACCACAUCAAGAGCUACGUGCUGGGUGUGAAGGGCGCGGACAUUCGUGACAGCGGCGACCUGGUGCACCACUGGGUUCAAAAUGUGCUGUCGGAGUUCGUGAUGUCAGAGAUCAGGACAGUGUAUGUGACAGACUGCCGCGUGAGCGCGUCCGCCUUCUCCAAGGCCGGCAUGUGCCUUCGCUGCUCAGCCUGUGCCUUGAACUCGGUGGUGCAGAGCGUGCUGAGCAAGCGGACACUGCAGGCCCGCAGCAUGCACGAGGUCAUCGAGCUGCUCAACGUGUGCGAGGACCUGGCGGGCUCCACGGGCCUUGCAAAGGAGACCUUUGGGUCACUGGAGGAGACGUCGCCGCCGCCCUGCUGGAACUCUGUGACAGACUCACUGCUGUUGGUGCACGAACGCUACGAGCAGAUUUGCGAGUUCUACAGCCGGGCUAAAAAGAUGAACCUCAUCCAGAGCCUCAACAAGCACCUGCUGAGCAACCUGGCGGCCAUCCUGACGCCAGUAAAGCAGGCGGUCAUCGAACUGAGCAACGAGAGUCAGCCCACCCUACAGCUCGUGCUGCCCACCUACGUCAGGCUGGAGAAGCUGUUCACGGCCAAGGCCAAUGACGCAGGCACCGUCAGCAAGCUCUGCCACCUCUUCUUGGAGGCACUCAAGGAGAACUUCAAAGUGCACCCUGCCCACAAGGUGGCCAUGAUCUUGGACCCGCAGCAGAAGCUGCGGCCCGUGCCGCCCUACCAGCACGAGGAGAUCAUCGGCAAGGUCUGUGAGCUCAUCAAUGAAGUGAAGGAGUCCUGGACUGAGGAGGCCGACUUCGAGCCCAGUGCCAAGAAGCCCCGCUCUGCCGCCAGCGAGAACCCCACAGCUCAGGAAGAUGACCGGCUUGGAAAGAACGAAGUAUACGAUUACCUGCAGGAACCCCUCUUCCAGGCCACCCCUGAUCUCUUCCAAUACUGGUCAUGCGUCACCCAAAAGCACACGAAACUCGCCAAGCUCGCCUUCUGGCUCCUGGCGGUUCCAGCCGUGGGGGCCAGAAGUGGGUGUGUAAAUAUGUGUGAACAAGCACUUCUAAUCAAAAGGAGACGGCUGCUCAGUCCAGAAGAUAUGAACAAACUCAUGUUUCUCAAAUCCAACAUGCUUUAAGACUUCGGGGGAAAAACAAGAAAAGAAAAGAAAAAAGUGAAGAGAACAUUAG